AUGGCGUCGGUAUCGACUGAGUAUAUCAGUGUCGGAGGCAACCGGCACCCCGGCGCCGCAGAUUGGGAUGUUCAAUCAGGUGUACUUGCCUUUGGCGCGGACAAUAAUGUCGCAUUGUGGGAGCCUUUGGAUGAUUCGAACAAAGGAGUCUACGCCCUUCUUGUUGGCCACUCCGACAAAGUCAGCGUCGUCAGAUUCUACACCUGCCCCUCCACCGGUGCCAGAUUUCUCUUGACUGGGUCCGUUGAUCGGACAAUCAAAGUGUGGGAACAAGAUGAAAAUGACUACCGAAGCUACAAACUUGGAUUCUCUCUUGAAGGACAUGAAGGCAGCGUAAACGCGAUUUCUGUGGCCGAAGGAACGGAUAUUAUUGCGACGGGAGCAGCAGACGGCACCGUUCGAAUUUGGAGACUCGAUGCUCAGGCCGACCCCAAGGGCACAUUACUCGAGACAAUCACGAUGAAGCCACGCUUCUUUCCUCUCACAUUGGCUUUGAGAGUCCUCGACGGAGCCAAUGGCAAGGGAUUAGUCCUAGCCGUUGCAGGCACCACCACCAAAGUCCACAUCUAUUCCGCCGAGUCUACGAUUGACAAGCCAAAUUUCCAGCACCGAGCCGUAUUGUCUGGGCACGAGGCUUGGAUUCGAUCAUUAUCGUUUACAAGAGAAGGAAAAGGUGAAACGAGCGAUCUCUUGCUUGCAUCGGCCAGUCAAGAUAAGUAUAUUCGUUUGUGGCGCUUAUGUCAGGGUGAAGUCCGGCUUCCUGCUGAGAUUGACGAGGAUGAUCCUCUACUUGGGGGUAUGGAGCCAACACUUUCCAACAAAGCGCACGAAUUUGAGGCAGCUGGCUCAAAAUACUCGAUCACUUUUGAAGCUUUGCUGUUUGGAAAUGAAGAUUGGAUCUAUACCACGGCAUGGAAUCCCGAUCCUAGUCGCUCCCAGCUUCUGACUGCUUCGGCCGAUAAUACGAUCACGAUUUGGGAACAAGACCCGGUAUCUGGGGUCUGGAUGUCAGGAGAAAGAAUGGGCGAAAUAAGCACCAUGAAGGGCUCCACAACCGCGACUGGUAGCGCAGGUGGAUUUUGGAUUGGGCUCUGGUCACCAGAUGGAACGACGGUGGUCAGCCUUGGCCGUACUGGAAGCUGGAGGGUCUGGCAGCACGAUCCCGAAGCCGAUCUCUGGGUGCAGAAGUUUGGUGUUUCGGGCCAUGUCCGGUCUGCGAACGGUGUGCAAUGGGAGCCUAGUGGAGGGUACUUACUUUCCACAAGCGCGGAUCAGACGACGCGCCUUCAUGCUCAAUGGAUGCGUGACCAAAAAUGCUCGUGGCAUGAGUUCUCUCGACCUCAGAUCCACGGUUACGAUUUGAAUUGCAUUGACACACUUGGACCUGGACAAUUUGUAUCAGGGGCCGAUGAAAAGCUUCUGCGGGUCUUCAACGAGCCGAAGCAGAUCGCUGAGUUACUUGAAAGGCUUACUGGCUUUCACCAAAAGAUUGACGAGUCCGCUAUGCCAGAUCUGGCUGAAAUCCCGGUUCUUGGUCUGUCAAAUAAGGCUCAAGGGGAGGAGGCCCCCGUUGAAGAUGAGGCCGGGGCCAAUGGCGCAUCUUCGGCUGCUCCAAAUGUGUCCCUUAAUUACGAUUCCCCGCCGCUAGAAGAUCAGCUGGCUCGAUACACUUUGUGGCCGGAGCAUGAAAAGCUGUACGGACACGGUUAUGAGAUCUCUGCCGUGGCCGUCAGUCAUGACAGGACUCUUAUUGCCACAGCUUGCAAGGCGAGCUCCGUCGAUCACGCUGUGAUCCGCUUGUACGAUACUUCUGACUGGCAUGAGAUCAAGCCAUCACUCACUGCACAUUCGCUCACCAUAACCGACUUAUCAUUCUCAGACGACGACAGGUUCCUCCUUAGUGUUGGCCGAGACCGUCAAUGGGCUGUCUUUGAGAGGAGCGAACAGCAACCGACAGUCUUCACCAAUCUUGUCACGAAUCCAAAAGGUCACUCUCGAAUGAUUCUGGGCGCUGCCUGGGCCCCGACCGCGAGCAAUCGCGCAUUCGCUACUGCUGGACGUGACAAGUCUGUGAAGAUCUGGCAGAAGAACGACGCUACAUUCGAGUGCAAGUCAACUAUCUCGCUGACCUCGGCUGUAUCUGCGAUUGCCUUCUUGUCAGUCCCGUAUCAGAAGUACUUUAUCCUCGCCGCGGGAGAAGACAGUGGAGCCGUCUCAGUUCACAAGGUCUCCAUUGAAAGCUUUGAGGCGAGCCACAUCACAACGGUGGAACCCUCAAUCGCUCCCUCGAAGACUAUCACCCAAUUGACGUGGAGGCCUGUGACGGCUGCUGAUGUGGAUGAAAGGCCAUUCUUCGAGCUCGCAGUUGCCAGCGAAGAUGCGUCGACGCGUAUUUAUAAAGUUUCCAGUAUUUUGUCAUGA